UGCUCUGGUGGGCCGACCGCGGAGACUGUUGGACUGGAUCACUGGAACCUGCCAACGAAGAACGGCACCAUGUGUCCAUCUCUCGCAAAAGCGCCCUCACCGCCUGCGCCAACGAAUCCCUCUUCCCUCGCGCCCGGGCGCCAGGUGUCGACCAUGCGGCUGCCACGCGGCCGCCGCCGCCCGCCGCGGUGUCUCCACCUCUUCUUCUUUGCGGCCCUCGGUUUCGCUCUCCUGAAAACCGACGCCGUAUCGCCAAGAACAGGAAGCGCCGGAGGAGGGCAUCGCGCGAGUCACCGACAUGGCGUGGGCCGUGUGGCCACCAAAAUGCGCAUGGUUAACCUUGCCAACAAGUGGGAAGAGUCACUCAUAUAAUAUUGUUUCCAGAUACCACAAGAUUUGGAAGGACACGAAGGAUGUCAUUUCUGCCAAAGAUGUUUUGAGAAAAGAACCAGUUAGCAGCGUGAUUGCCUUGAAGGAGUCCAUGAAGUACUUCGAUGCUGAUUUUUUCGACGACUCAAAACUACGUGAGAUGGAAGAUGGUGCGGAAGAAUUUAAUGUGCCUGCAUUUAGAGAAAACCGAAAGUUGGUGGCUCUGGAGAAUGGUGGAUUGCAUAACCCUUCUGCUCUAGUCUUCAAAUCAUCAUGGAAUGGCAACAACAAAGUCAAGGAAAGUAAAAGCUUCAACUAUCCUCGCACCUCUAUGGUACAUCUCCCUAGUAAUGAUGAAGAUAUUGCCUUUAUGACGAUAACUGAACUUGGGGAGCUUAUUAGGACAAAGAAAAUAACAUCGCAGCAACUUACUGAUGUAUUUUUAAGGAGAUUAAAAAGGUAUAAUACCGUUCUCGAAUCUGUUAUUACAUACACUGAAGAUUUAGCAUACAAACAAGCAAAAGAGGCAGAUGACUUGCUGGACCAAGGAAAAUACCUUGGUCCCUUGCAUGGCAUUCCAUAUGGUCUGAAAGAUACAAUUGCAGUACCGCAAUACAAUACCACUUGGGGUUCAAAGUCAUUCAAGAAUCAAGUUAUUGAUAUGGAAGCUUUUGUAUACAAAAGAUUGAAGUCCACUGGCGCAGUCCUUCUAGCAAAGCUUGUGGCAGGUUCACUUGGCUAUGAUGACAUAUGGUUUGGGGGGCGAACACGAAACCCCUGGAACAUUGAAGAAUUUUCUACUGGUUCAUCUGCAGGGCCAGCAGCCAGCACCUCUGCAGGAAUGGUUCCCUUUGCAAUUGGUUCAGAAACUGCAGGAUCCAUAACAUAUCCUGCUGCUAGAUGUGGAGUAACUGCUUUGCGCCCGACAUUUGGAACAGUUGCACGGACCGGUGUCAUGAGCAUUUCUGAGAGUCUGGACAAACUCGGUCCUUUCUGCAGAAGCGCAGUUGACUGUGCUAUCAUAUUAGAUCUAAUCCGUGGGAUGGAUGCUGGUGAUCCCUCGUCUUGUGAAGUUGCUUUAGAGGAUCCAUUCCAUGUUGACAUUACAAAACUCACUGUUGGAUAUCUUGACAGUGCUGAGAUGGAGGUUGUCAAUGUUCUUUCCGUCAAGGGUGUUAAGCUUGUGCCUUUCAAGUUAAACUACACCAUUUCAUCUGUUCAGUCCAUUCUGGACAUCACGAUGGAUGUUGAUAUGCUUGCACAUUUUGACAACUGGCAACGGGAAGGACAUGACCAUGACUAUGAAGCUCAAGACCAAUGGCCGGUGGAGCUUCGUCGCGCCCGAUUAGUCCCAGCAGUUGACUAUAUACAGGCGCAGAGGGCACGGGGUAAGCUGAUCAGGGAGGUCCGGGAAAGUUUCACUGUUGAUGCAUUCAUUGGUAAUGUCACCGACUGGGAGCUUGUUUGUUUGGGAAACCUCGUCGGGAUGCCUGUCAUGGUGGUGCCAACAGGCUUCAAGAGCAUCGAACACCCACCAAAAGACGGCACAAGAAGAACGAUGGCGACGACUGGCAUAUACGCCCGUCCUGACCAUGAUCACAUCGCUCUAGCUCUGGCGAUGGCGUACCAGUCAGUCACCGAUCACCACAAACAACGGCCGUCAGUAGAUGAUCUAGGUCCAAAUGACAACGUACAUAAGUAGUCUGUUGGUGUGAUCGAUGAUAUGAAAGAAAAUUUUAAGUAACUAAACUGUGUGCUAUUUUGCUCUAGAAAAGAAAAAGGUGAUUUUACGACGACAGUACACAAGGAAAGGGCCAUAUAUAGUGAAGUACAUUUGUUGGAAAUCCUGCCA